AUGGUACAGCAAAGUAUCUACAGCGGGAAGUCGGGUGGUCAUGCUGAAACCUAUCGGUGUUCCAUAGCCUUCAACACUUUGGAUAGUCUGCCCGACCACUUUACAGGGGGAAUCGAUGGUAAUGGUGCUAAACAGUUUUAUAAACUGGUCCAUUACAGUGUCUCUAUCAGGACAUGGAGUCUUCAUGCCUUGGACAUGUACUACCCGUCUUCCCUCGGAUUCAUCCACAAUCUCAAAGCCUUGUCGAAAAAGGAUCGACAUGUUAGGUUGGCUCCAAGAGGCUCUGAAGGGUCCAUCUGGCCAUGCCAGGUCACCCAUGCUGACAAUAAAGUCGUGGUGGAGCUCCCCAAUCACUACUACGAGCCUAUUCAGGCUUUCACCUGGAGAGAAAAGGCGAUCCGGCUGGUGCUUCACUUCAAGAAGAAGGAGGAGGUGGAGGUGGAAGAGCCGCUGGUGGAGAAUCUGACCAUGAUCCUCGCAUAUAUGAACAGGGUUUUCGUUCAAGUAGUUGCGGAGGCGAAGAAAGUCAAAUGCAGAGAUCGCACACUCGAUUGGCGAAGUCCGACAUUCGACAACUACUUAUUGAUAGAAUAUUUCGUGCAGGCGCCAUGA